UGUAAAUCCUAUACGGAGCAAAAUUUUAUUUUAAUCAUCAUUCUAAAAGACCCAAGUAUCGUAGUGUAUCGUCAAAGAAUUCUUUCUAAACACUACCAUUGCAGACUUGCAGUUGCUCCCAGAAUCCGUACAAUCAAGGAAUGGCGAAAGUAAACGAUUCAGCUUCUUCGAUGGAUAUCGAUAUCGAAAAAUCGACUGGUUCCGAUCAACCUAAAUUCUCCAUUAAUGUUUUACAGCUCUUGAAGUCUGCCCAAAUGCAGCAUGGAUUGCGCCAUGGCGAUUACACUCGCUAUAGGCGGUAUUGUACAGCUCGUCUGAGAAGGCUGUAUAAAUCUCUCAAGUUUACACAUGGCCGUAAUAAAUACAGCCGGAAAGUUAUUACUGAGAGCACUGUUACUGAUGUAAGAUUUCUCCAUAUUCUACUCUAUACAACUGAAAGGGCAUGGAGCCAUGCUAUGGAGAAAAGACAACUGCCGGAUGGUCCAAAUGGGCGCCAACGCAUCUAUCUGAUUGGCAGAUUGAGGAAGGCUGUAAAAUGGGCUACUCUUUUUGCGCAACUUUGUGCACUCAAAGGAGAUUCCAGAACCUCUCUGGAAGCUGAGGCUUAUGCAUCAUAUAUGAAAGGCAACUUGUUGUUCGAGCAAGAUCAGAAUUGGGACAUGGCAUUACGGAAUUUCAAGAGUGCCAGGGCUGUCUAUGAAGAGCUUGGGAAGUAUGGAGACCUUGAAAAUCAACUUCUGUGUCGUGAACGUGUGGAAGAGCUAGAGCCUAGUAUUAGGUACUGCUUACACAAAAUUGGCCAGUCCAAUCUGCAAGCUUCAGAACUUAAGCAGAUUGGUGAAAUGGAGGGGCCAGCAUUGGACCUUUUCAAAUCCAAGUUGGAAGCUGUCAUGGCUGAGGCAAGGUCUCAACAGGCUGCUUCAAUGACAGAGUUCAAUUGGCUGGGACACCGAUUUCCAAUUUCCAAUCCUAAGACUAGGGUUUCCAUUCUAAAAGCUCAGGAAUUGGAGAAGGGUAUUCAGGGUCCAACUGCAGAUUCGCUGUCAGCUGAGAAAAAACUUGCUGUCUUUGACAAAAUUUUUUCUGCCUAUCAUGAUGCAAGGAGUUGCAUUCGCAAUGAUUUGGUUACUUCAGGGAGUGCUGAAAAUGUGAAAGAUGACCUGAAUGGACUUGACAAAGCUGUAAGUGCUGUUCUUGGACAACGUACCAUUGAGCGGAACCAGCUUUUAGUCAGUAUUGCCAAGAGCAAACUCAGCAGAAACCGUGAUGACAAAAAUGAAAAAGUUACCAAACCCGAGGAACUUGUUCGCUUGUACGAUCUUCUAUUACAAAAUGUAGCUGAUUUGUCUGACUUAGUCACUUCUGGGAGGGAUAGUAAAGGUGAAGAAGUGGCAUUUGCUGAGGAAUGCACUCUCAAAAGUUUAGCUUUCCGUGCAGAAAGGUGCUUUUACCUGGCGAAAUCCUACAGUUUGGCGGGAAAGAGAGCUGAAGCUUAUGCAUUAUAUUCUCGUGCUCUUUCUGUGACGGAGAACGCACUGCAAAAAUUGCAGAGCGUGGAAAACAGUGAACAGGGAAUGACGGCGGAGUUGAAGGCAUUACAUCAUCAGUGCAGAUCAAACAUCUGUAUAGAGCAUGCUACCGGAAUCUUGGAAGAGCAGAAGAUUCCUGAAAAGCUUUCUAAAAAGAUAUCAAAUAUGUCUCUGACUGGGGCUGAUAAGAAGGAUAAAUUCCUUGCUGAGAAACUUGAUGUGUACGAACCCACUGUCAGUGAUUCCAACACGAAAGUACCUCCCCGGAUUGAAGCUUUCCCUCCAGCUUUCCAAGCAGUCCCAAGGAAUCCAAUUGUUCUCGAUCUUGCCUAUAACAUGAUUGAGUUCCCCACACUUGAGAACAGGAUGAAGAAGACAAGAGGCUUCUGGCCUUGGAGAUAAGUACCCUUUUCUUUUCUUCUAAAGGGAGCUAUUCUGGAGUGCUGCUGAGAAUUGAUACUGAGAAAGCCAUUAGGACCCGUCUGUUUUUUUUUUUUUGGAUCAUUUCGAUUGUAUUACCAUGUUUCUGAUAAAUGAACAAUUUUGUAUUUCACAGUUUUGUAUUGCUUAGGUUUUAUAAUCUUAGCAUGGUGUUUGUGGAUGUCGACAAAGUGAAACUGAGAGCCUCAGUUCUUCCCAGUGGUUUGAUCUUCCAGACAAGUGUAAAAAAAAGCUAGAAUUCAAUCAAUUGUGCCUGUUUCUUGCGUUAGCUUUACAAGUCCGCGUGAACAGUUGUUGAUUGAAAACAAUACAACGACAUUGUUUAAAAUGUUAUUAGCAAGGAACCAACCAAAACGGCAUUGUUUAGAAAUAUAGUAGCAAGGAUUCAACCAAAUGAUUUUAUGUAUAUUUGCAGUAUGUGAUUUGCUGGCCAUUCACCUUACGUGAAA